CCGGCAAUUUUGUGGGCCACGCAAUCGGCUAUUUAAGACCAAAUUUCGAUUAGGUAAUGGUCAGUUUAGGUUUGCGAUUUUUUCAAAUGAGCCAGCGGAGUAAUGAAAGUGAUAUGGACUGUAGUUGGCUUUGUUUUGGUAGUUCUUGGAGCAGCAGUUUCCGGACAGGAUGAGCUGUGCGAGGAUCGGGCUGACUUUUCGCUCGUAAGACAUUACGAGUUCUGUUAUCGGUACUUCAUCUGCAUCAACGGAGAUGCCUAUUUGAUGCGUUGCAAUGGGGAUUUGUGGUUCGAUGAAGAAACGCAAAGUUGCCGUAGUCAGGAACUGGUGUCGUGUGCAGUUGAGGACCCAUCAACACCUGCACCAGUGCCCGGUAUCUGCGAUGACGUGGAAGAUAAUCAGCUGGUGAUUCAUCCGGAUUUUUGCAACACUUACUUCAUCUGUAUCGGUCAACAAGGAACCGUGGUGGUUUGUUCGCUGGGAUUAUGGUUCGAUCCAGAGCAGCAGCUCUGUGCCAAUCCGUCGGAUUUUGAAUGUCCCCAUGGUCCCAUAGGUGCUUCCAGGUGUCGCACGGAAGAAAACUUUGCCCUAGUGCCUAGUGACGUGUACUGCAAUCGGUACUAUCAGUGUGUUCACGGGUAUUCUUACCCUAUGCUUUGUCCUGACGGUCAAUGGUUUGACACCACUAGCGACUCUUGUCGCUCUGAAACUGAGGUAGAAUGUGAUUUGGAAACGAUUGAACCGGACGAAAAUCCUACGUUUGAUGUAUGUGAUUUACAGCCGAACAAUUUUCUGACCGCUAACCCUACCGUAUGUAAUAAGUAUUACGUUUGUAUUAACCAGCUUGGAUGGAGUAAAAUGUGCCCCUUGGGAAUGUGGUUCGAUGCAACUGGCCAAACCUGUGUACCUCCAGGUUCGACCGAUUGUCCACUAGGACCACCGAUGCCCCCAGAAACCACCACUACUCCCUUCACUCGCUGUGAUGGUGUUCCAAAUUUGGCGUAUGUUACGGGUGAUGAGUUCUGCUACCGUUACUUCCAGUGUCGUGAUGGAGUUCCGUUCCCGAUUAUUUGUAGAGAUGGUCUGUGGUUCUCGGAGGAAGCUCAACAGUGUGUCGAACCGGAAACAACGCAGUGUGAUCUAGAUGAUUCUGAACCACCGACGACGCCUACGCCUGGCAUUUGUACCGAUGUGACCGAUGGCGUUCUUGUUCGGCAUCCUUUAGACUGUAACCAGUAUUACUUGUGCGUUGGUCAAGUCGGUGUUCCCACGAUAUGUCCCACAGGUCUGUGGUUCGAUGAACCAAAUCAAAUGUGCAGUAACCCAGUGAACGUAGAUUGCCCACACGGUCCCACAACACCAGCUCCGGAUCCAUUUGCGGUGUGUGAAAACGUCUUUGAAUAUCGAUUCGUUCGUGACGAAGAAUACUGUUAUCGUUACGUCCAAUGCAUCGGUGGUACUCCCUAUCCGCUUGUGUGUCACGACGGACUAUGGUUCGACCAGGAACGGCAAACGUGUGAUCGAUCGGAGUACGUGGAAUGCGACGGUUUUGACGCCCCAGACGUUAGACCCCCAGAUUACACCGGAAUAUGCGAAGACGUGGACGAUGGUAUGCUGGCACCACAUGACACCUUCUGUAAUGAAUAUUUCCUCUGCGUUCGCGGUGUCGGAUGGCCAAUCAUCUGUCCCCUGGGACUGUGGUUUGAUGUUGAACAACAAACGUGUUCCGUUGCAGGACAGGUUCAGUGCCAUCUAGCGCCCGAACGUCCACCCGUCACUGAAAGCCCAUACGCCAGAUGUAGUGGAAUUCCGGAGAAUGCAUACGUUCGCGAUCCGGACUAUUGUUACCGAUACUACAAAUGCGUUAGCGGUUCACCUUUCCCAAUGAUCUGCCCCAGCGAACAGUGGUUCGACGAGCGACAGCAGAGCUGUCGAAACGCCACCGAAGUGUCCUGUCCCAUCGAAGAAGAACAAACGCGACCCCCGCCAACGCCAGGUGUUUGCACCGGAGUAGCCGACUCGGUACAGGUACCUAAUCGACGAGCUUGCAAUCAAUUCUACACCUGCGUGGAUCAAGCUGCCUUUCCGCAAAUCUGUGCCUAUGGACUUUGGUUCAAUGAAGCUGCCCAAACUUGCUCACCGCCGACAGAAACUACAUGUGACCUGGGACCUGCCACAACGACAACAACCGCUCCCCACCCGUGGGCGCUGUGCGACGAUGUCCCGAACUACUCGUACGUUCCCAGUCCCAACUAUUGCUAUCGCUUCUUUCAGUGUAUCGAUGGUGCCCCCUUCCCUAUGCAUUGUGGCGGCAGUUUGUGGUUCGAUCGAGAACGGCAAAUCUGCGCCGAACCGCAAGAAGUCACUUGUAUUGUCAAUCCAAAUCCACCAGUUGUGCCACCAACUCCGGGAAUUUGCACCGGUCAAGCCAACGGGCGUCAGGUUUCGAGUCCACGAGCUUGCAAUCAGUUCUAUGUCUGCGUUGAUGAAAUCGGCUACGCUCUGGUGUGUCCUGAGAACCUUUGGUUCGACGAGUUCCACCAAAUUUGCUCACCACCAUCGAGUACGUACUGUCCGUUAGCCCCGGUGGUGACCACACCAUCGCCAUACGAGCGCUGCAUUGAUGUGUCGAAUUUUGGCAUGGUAAGAAACGACUUCUACUGCUAUCGGUACUUCCAGUGUGUUGACGACAUCCCGUACCCGAUGAUUUGUCGAGCCGGAUAUUGGUUCGAUUUGGAACGUCAAAUGUGUGACCUCAGCCUGAACGUGCAAUGCGAACUACGGCCGGGAAAUCCCGGACCAAUCAUUCCAACUCCUGCCAUUUGCGAGGGUACUUCCGACGGGAGCUUCGAACGCAAUUGGAGCUUCUGUAACCAGUACUACCUUUGCGUAGGGGAAGAAGCUUUCCCGCAGAUCUGUCCCGACGGUUUGUGGUUCGAUGAUCACCGAGAAACGUGUGACCUCCCUGCCAAUGUCUAUUGCCCCCUGGGGGCUUCGACAGCCGAACCAAUACCGGAACAACGAUGCUACGGUGUCCCGGAUCUGUCCUUCCUUGCCAACGACAUUUACUGCUAUCGCUACUACCAUUGUGUUGACGGCAUUUCCUACCCGAUGAUAUGCGGCAGCCAUUUAUGGUUCUCGCUGGAUUCCCAAUCAUGUGAAAGCGUCGACGUUAUCGACUGCGAUGGAGAGACUCGGCCACCAGACGUUCCACCAACCGAAGGCAUCUGUACCGGACUCGAGAACGGCCGUCAAGUGCUACAUCCGGAUUUCUGCAACCAAUUCUACGUCUGCAUCGAAGGGGUCGGCUUUUCCCAGAUCUGUCCAUUUGGGCUUUGGUUCGAUGAUGAGCUACAAAGCUGCGCGUCACCCCCGGACGUUGAGUGUCCCUACGGAUUGCAGCCUACUUUGUCUCCCAUCGAUAAUAUAUGCUCUGGAAUGCCUGACGGAGCCAAAAUUGCCAAUCCAACUGACUGUGCAUGGUUCUACAUUUGUAUCAGUGAUGAACCGUUCCGGUCACCCUGCCCGGAGGAUAUGCUCUUUGACCGGAACCAGCUGCAGUGCGUCCCGGCUGAUGAAGCUGAAUGCGCUGAAGAGGGUAUGACCUCACCGCUUCCGGGGCCAUGCUAUGGAAUUGCGGAUUACACACUAGUGAGGAAUCCAUACAACUGUGCGAGCUAUUACGAGUGUCUGAACGGUUACGGGCAUCCUUCGUACUGCCCACCUGGGCAAUAUUUUAGCGAGGAGUUACAGCGGUGCGAUCUAGCGGAGAAUGUGGACUGCAGUGUGGAGGAAGGGGAGACGACUACGGAAGAAGAUGCGGAUUCGGAGGAAAUUUUCAAAAGCAGACGCACUCUUUAGAAAUUAAAUUCAUUGGUUAGUUUACGAAUAAACGUGAUGCGUUGUGAAAAGAAGGAAUCGAAUAUCUUUUGGUUACAUUGACUCACUAAACAUUGGAACUUCUUAGAACUUUUAUUGCACUGUCAUCAUUUCACAUUUGUCAAAUAGUUUCGUUAUUUUGGA